AUGAAAAAAACUCAAUUAGGAACGAGGAAACUGAAGUACGUAGACAAUUUCCAUCAAUACCACUUAAGCUUCAAGAGACAUUGCAAAGAAGGGAAGUUACCAAAUUAUGUGGUCAUAGAACCAAGAUACUUCAAGAUUUUGUCUGCUCCAGCUAAUGAUGAUCACCCCAAGAACGACGUCGUUGAAGGCCAAAACCUAGUCAAGGAGAUCUACGAAGCCUUAAGGGCUAGUCCUCAAUGGAACGAGACUCUUUUUAUUGUUGUUUAUGAUGAACAUGGUGGUUACUAUGACCAUGUCCCUACUCCAGUCAUUGGUGUCCCAAAUCCUGAUGGUCUUGUUGGACCCCCACCGUACAACUUUAAGUUUGAUCGGCUCGGUGUUAGAGUUCCUGCAUUGCUGAUCUCGCCUUGGAUCGAACCUGGAACCGUGUUACACGAGCCAAAUGGACCGCAGCCAACGUCGCAGUUCGAGCAUUCAUCGAUUCCAGCGACGCUUAAGAAAAUAUUCAACCUCAAGAGCUUUCUUACAAAGCGUGACGAAUGGGCUGGAACACUUGAUGCUGUCAUCAACCGGACAAGCCCAAGGACCGACUGCCCCGGUAACUAUCGGUUACCUAGUUGUAAUGGUCCAUAG